AUGAUCUAAUCCAAAAUUAAUGUUGGUAUUUCUAAUUCAUUUUGCGCUCAACAUUCAGGAAAUCAAAUCAUUCAAAUUAAGGUUGAAGAGGGAUGCCAUGGAAAUGAAAGACUGAUGUGCCAUGAAUGCAUUGUGAAUUCGAGAGGGCUUUGUUUUGCAAUGUCAAUUUCAGAAGCAAGGGAGAGGGUGGAGGACUUAAAGAGCUAAUCAUAAUAAUAGAUCUUGAGUUUAGUUAGUUUGAUGAAUUAGAUGCUAGCAAAAAUGAAAGAAAAAACUCAAUCUCUCUAAUCUAAAGUUUAUGAAUUAAUUUCCUCCUUAAAUUCAAAAUUUGAUUAAUUCCAAGGUGAAUUGGAUAGUUUGGUAGAAUAAUAUAAUAAUUGCGAUUUAAUCAAAGAACUGGACACUCUUAAUAAAUCUCCGAAUUUUAUUUUAAAAGAAUAGUUUCUAAGCGAUUCUAAUAAGAUUUAAUAAUUGAAUCGCUCUUAUUCAUCAAAAAUCAGCAAUAUAACCUUGACAUUAUAAACGAUAAUAAAGGAUUGGGAUGUAUAAAGUGAGUUUGAUACAAUAUUCAACCAAAUUUCUACAUAAAUUAAUAAUUAUAAAAAAUAGAAUGAUGGUCAGACGUAAGUUUAAGAAAUCAAGCAAUAGAAAUCUUGUUGGGCCAUAGCAUUUAAUUAUUCCGAUUCAAUCAUGGCUGCUGGAUGUGAGGAGAACAUCAAAAUUUGGGAUUUUUAAGAUAAGAAGUUGGUUGAUUCUGGAAUAAUAUUAGAAGGGCAUUCUGAUUUUGUUUAAUGUUUGACAUUCAGCAAAAGGUAGAAUUGGUUAGUCUCUGGGGGAUUAGAUGAAAAGAUUAUAUGUUGGAAUCAAGUUAGCUUAAAUAAAUGGCAACAGAAUUAAGUACUUUACACAGGUAAACGAGAUAUUUAAAACUUGAUCUUAACACCAGCUGAAGAUCAACUUAUAUUAAGUCAUGAUUCAAAAAUUAAGUUAUGGAACCUAAACAUUGAACAAAACACUAUAUCAUUCAAAUAAUCAUUAGAGAUGCACCAAUCGAAUGUCAAAUUCAUUUGUGUUAACAACGAUUCAACCUUUUUAAUCUCAAGCGCUUAAGAUAAUAAAAUUAUUCUUUGGUCUAAGCAAUCUCCUAACAAUUGGUCCUACUAAUGUACAAUUGAUAGAAUUUAGAAAGAUUGUGGAAACAGAAUUUGCUUCAUCUCAAAUUCGACUUUUACUUACUAAUCAGAUAACUAAGGAAUUCUACAUAUAUUUAUGAUUGAGAAUGGACGAUUGAUUGAGGCUCCUGAAUUAAAAGUUAGAUUGCAAUAAUAGAAUAAAUAAGAUGGAACUCAACUAUUCCCAUCUAUAUUCAAUAACAAAAAAAUGAUUUUAAUUCAAAAGCAUAAUAAAAGUGUAUACAUUCUAAAGCGAGAUAACACAAAUACUUUAAGAAUUUAUGGAGAACCCAUUCAUUUUCAUUCCAGAUUUAAUUAUGGAACAAUCACCAAUGAUGGCAAUUUUUUGGUGAUUUGGAGUUACGAAACAAAAUAAUUUAAAAUAUAUCAAAUAAAUUGA